AUGUCAAAAAGAGCGGCUGAUGAGAACCUCAAUGGUUCAAACAACGCAAGUUCACUCAAAGCAUCCGAAAAUGCGCUUCCUGUCUCCGUGCAAAAUGAUGCAUCAGUCGAUGAUAUGGACGUUGGAGAAUUUGAAGACCCAUACGGAGACGAUUUUGAGAGCGACGAGGAAAUCAUCGAACUAGAUGAACAAGAAGAUGAAGAAAUGGAUGAAGAAACUGCAAAUAAGAAAAUUGAAGAGCUUGAAAAAAAAGAGCAAGAACAGCAACAAGAGCCAGAAUCAGAGAUUUAUUUACCUCACAAGUCAAAACCUUUGGGUCCUGAUGAAGUCUUGGAAGCAGACCCUACUGUUUAUGAGAUGUUGCAUAAUGUCAACUUGCCAUGGCCAUGUUUAACCGUGGACAUAUUGCCAGACAAUUUGGGGAACGAAAGACGUACAUACCCAGCCACUGUAUACUUGGCAACAGCCACUCAAGCAGCUAAAGCUAAGGAUAAUGAACUAAUAGCCAUGAAAGCGUCAAGCUUGGUAAAAACGUUGGUGAAAGACGACAACGAAGAUGACGAAGAUGACGAUGAAGAUGACGAUAUGGACUCUGACCCUAUUUUAGACACCGAUACAACCCCUUUGAAACACACAACCAAUAGAAUCAGAGUCAACCCACACUCACAACAAACAGGGGAAUAUCUCACGGCAACAAUGUCGGAAAAUGGUGACGUGUACAUUUUUGAUUUGGCAUCUCAAUUCAAGGCAUUUGACACCCCUGGAUUUGUCAUUCCUAAAUCGUCCAAGAGACCAAUCCACACUAUCCGUGCUCAUGGAAAUGUAGAAGGAUAUGGAUUGGACUGGUCUCCAUUGAUUAGUACUGGAGCUUUAUUAACGGGGGAUGUCAGUGGAAGAGUACAUUUGACAACAAGAACGUCAUCAAGUUGGGUCACAGACAAAACUCCAUUCUUUUCUUCCCAAUCAUCGAUAGAAGAUAUACAAUGGUCAACUGGUGAGAACACUGUUUUCUCAACUGCGGGAUGCGAUGGGUAUGUGAGAAUUUGGGAUACUAGAUCUAAAAAGCACAAGCCUGCAUUAUCUGUAAAAGCUUCAGAUUCCGACAUCAAUGUCAUUUCAUGGUGUUCCAAGAUUAACCACUUGCUAGCGUCCGGGCACGAUGAUGGUACUUGGAGCGUUUGGGAUUUGAGGAAUUUCACGCAACCAAACCCUUCACCAGUGGCAAACUACGAUUUCCAUAAAUCCCCCAUCACUUCGAUUUCUUUCAACCCCUUGGAUGAGUCAAUCAUUGCUGUUAGUUCCGAGGACAACACUGUUACUUUGUGGGACUUGGCAGUGGAAGCAGAUGAUGAAGAAAUCUCACAACAGAGAAGAGAGCUCAAAGAGUUGCACGAUAUACCACCUCAGUUGUUGUUUGUACAUUGGCAAAAGGAUGUAAAAGAUGUUAGGUGGCACCAACAAAUUCCUGGUUGCUUGGUUUCAACCGGAGGUGAAGGACUAAACAUUUGGAAAACCAUAUCUGUUUAG